AUGGGAAGCAACUUUGUCGGAUCCAAUAAUCUCUUGAGAUCGAUUAAUUGUAAUACCAUUGAGAUAGAAGCCGCCACAAACAAGAUGAAUUGGAAGUUCAGUCCACCCGCAGCACAAUGGUGUGGCGGCUUUUGGGAACGACUUGUUCAAAUGAUUAAGAAGCUUUUGCGUCGAUUCCUAGGCCAGUCAUGUCUGAAUUAUGAAGAAUUGAUGAGUGUGCUGUGCGACUGUGAAGCAACCGUGAAUGCCAGACCACUCACUUAUAUGUCAGAGGACUCAGAUGCUCUCGUCCCUUUGACACCAUCCUUGAUUUUAGGUGAAAUUCCAGUCUUUGGAGUUCCUGACUUGGAUCAUCUUGAUAAAGCUGUUCUCAACACGAUGCGGACAGAAUGCAAGUGCCAUGGCGUGUCCGGUUCCUGUACCAUAAAGACAUGCUGGAACACGCUUCCUGCUUUUACUAAAACAGCGGACUAUCUGAUGCGACGAUAUCAAUCAGCUAAGCGGGUGUUUGCUUUCUGGGGACCUUCGGGAAAUGUUAUAACUUCAACCAGAAAGAAGAGACCUCUGUUCCUGAAGACGAAAAAAUCUAAGAGACCACACAGGAAACCCAGGGCGAGAGACCUCGUGUAUUUAGAAACAUCUCCUAAUUAUUGUGAACCAAAUCCUGCGAAAGGAUCACCGGGGACUGUCGGUCGCGUAUGUAAUCGUGACAUCAAAGAUAAGCCUGAAAGUUGUGCCCUAAUGUGUUGUGGAAGAGGAUAUAACACGCACAGAUAUAAUAGGACAGUUCAGUGUGAGUGUAAAUUUUCUUGGUGCUGUUCUGUUACCUGUCGUUCCUGCAUCCAAGCAAUAGAAAAGUAUACCUGUAAAUGAACUGAACUGUGCCAUUUUACUUUGAGAAUGAACUACAUUUCUCAAAGUGAGAAAUCAGAGACAAAGUUUAAAUUAUAAAUAAAACAACAAUAACUUAACAGUGUACCUUCAUAUCAUCCAAAACAAACUUCAAAGAAGUUGAUAUUUAAAUACUUCUACCUGAAUUGUGAAGUAGUUUUAGAGGAACAAUCCCCUUCGAAAUUCUUAAAAAUACAUAUUGCCUGCCCCCUCCAAAAUUUGCUGAGAGGUAAUUUUUAAAUUUUUCUUUAUGUUAAAAGGUUUAUUUGUAUAAAUAAAAAUUAUAAUUUCAAAGUAGCCCAAUUAAUAAAUUUUAAAAAUUACUCCAAAUAUUAAAAUGGUAUUUUUUUACUUAUUUUAUCCACAUAAGAGAAGUUGUGGAAAUUGAAUUUGACGCAUGGCAAAGCAUUCAUAAAAAAUAAUUUCAGGAAUAUUAAUGGCAAAUAAAAACGUUGAGCAAAUAAAUAUUUAUUUGGAAAAGAUAUGAUCCAUACAAUAAAACUACCAAAUUUUAAUUUUCAUAUUGCAUUAAUAGAUAAAUGAAAAAAUAUUAAUUUAUUUCUUAUCAAAUUACAUGCAACAAAGAAAAUAUCAAAUUAGUUUUGAAAUUAACAAAAGGAAACUAAUAUCACACGCAAUACUGCAAAUUCGAAUACUUUUGCAACUUUGUAAAAUUCUUUCAUAUAAUUGCAUAUUAAAUACAAGAUUACUCGUAAAAUAUAAAACUCGAUUAAUUCAAAAUUUUCAAAUAAUAAUCCUAGAUGCGUAGAGAAACUGUUAAAAGGAAAAAUUUUCGUUUGAUUUUUUGCAUUAUUUCUGCUGAAAGAAAGUUAUAAUGUCACACAAUUACAAAAUUAUACUUUUAAGAAUGAAUGAGAACGUAAAUACUUUAAAUGGCUAUCAUAAUAUUUAUUCAGUAUAAGGCGUAACACUGUACUGAAUGUGAGGAGAAUGAUGUACAAUUUUUACUCAGUAUGAGGAGAAAGGUUGAAUAAAAUAUUAUGAGAUAGACAAAUUACUUUAAUUUGAGUCAACGGAAUCAAGAAAUACUGACGAGAUCGGUGAUUCAUUCAUUUAGAGGCGUACGAUUAAAUUAGACUAACACUUUUCUGAAUAAACUCUACGCAUAGUUGUUUGAAAACAAUGGCCAGAAUACAUACUUUGAUGAUAACAUCAUUUUCUUUUUGCUAGUGGUCUAAACUGGCUACUCAUUUCAAAUUUGUGAAAUAUUUUAUAUUUACAUGAAUAUUUAAAAACCAUUAAGAUGGGGAAAUGAAUGCUAUUAAAAUAUGUUCACAUAUAUUAAAUUGUAACCCAGUUAUAAAAUGAUAAAAGAACAAUAUCUAGUUGAAAAGUACCUAAAAAUGUAAAUUGUGAAUUAUUAGCCCAAAAGGGAGUUAGCCGGAAUAGGCUAUUAGUCUCAAAAUAGAAUUUGGCGGCGUAUCAUUUUAAAUGUAUUUCUUUUCAAAUUGUUGCCCUUUUAAAGGAAUUAAAUAAUGAAGAAUCUACAUGAAUCUAUGUAUGUAUGUUUUCUAAAUGUGAAAAAAUUAUGGUAUCUAGGGCCAUCAAAUUUUGUAUAAAGUAGUCCUCCACCCUAACAUGUGCCCUUGGAAGGGUGAAUUUUAAUUUCGAAUAUGUUUCAUAUGUUGUAAAACUUUAAUGAAUUUUUAACAAACUCGGCGAUUUGAAAGCGAGCAGUGGCGAUAUUGUAUGGAUUAAAACAUUGUUAUCUCCACCGAGCAAGACUGUGUAUAGGAAAUUCCAAAGAUAUGCUGUUUUUAAAUAUUUUGUGAUUUUGCUAUUCAACUAAAUUUUAUGUGAUGUAUGUGGGAAGAACGCGAUAUUUAAUUAAUAAAUUUAACACAUAAAACUUUAAUAAAAAGCAAAAAAAAAAAAAAAAAAAAAAGUUUAUUUAAGCCAAAACUAUACAGUAAUAAGAUAAACUGAGAAAAGACUGGAAAAAAAAAAUAGAAAAAUCUAUGCCAACACUUAACACUUCAUCGGAAGCUCUAAACACAUGCUGCUUUUGAAUUUUUUGUAAUUUAGUUGUUGAAUUGUAUAUGACCUUAAGUGUGAAGAAAAUGAUUCUUAAUAAUGAAGUAAAAAGACAAAAAGAAAUGAGUUAGCAGGAGUGAGUGCAACAGCAGACUGGUAGACUGCGAGCUCAGCGACAGCGUAAGAAAUCUUAGCAAAGCCUUUUGGGUGACCGUUAAAAUCUAAAAUCUUUCGUUUUUUUUUUUUUUUUUAAAGAAGCUGAAUUAAUUUUUUUUUAAAUGAACUUCGUUUAGUAUUUCACUUAUUAAGUAUCAUUCGAUUAAAAUUUUUAAAAUAUUCAAUGUAUGCAGAUUAAUCAACCACUCCAUGCAUGUGUAAUCUAUGAAAUGCGUUAAAUCAGAAAAGCAUUAAGAAUUCAGAAUUGAUAUUGCACCAAGUUGAAUAAAUUAAAUUUCUUCCUUAUUUUCUAAACUUAGAAUUAUAUUAGAUUAUUGAAUGGCAGUAUUUCACUGUUUGCCUCGAAAUUUUUCUCCAGAUUAUCAAAAGAAGAACUAUUAUACUUACAUUUCCUACUCUGUUGCAUCCCAAUCUGCUAAAUCAAGCAGCCCAAAUUUUAAACAUUUAAAAUGACAUAAUGGCAAUACAUUUUUUAAAUGUUCAAUCAUUAAACGCAUACAACAUAUGCUCUUUAAGUAUUAUUUUAUAUAAUAUAGCAAUAAGUAUUACAGGCCGCAGACAGUAUUUCAGAGAUUAUAAUUUAAAAAUUAAACUAACUCUUAAUAAAACAGAAGAGAACACACGCCAAAGUGAAACAUAAAAUUAACAAAGCAACAACAUCGUGUUUGGUUUAGUCAAGAACUUGAUCGAUUUUGAGGUCAAAAAGGUACAGGCUCUUUUACAUCAGGAGCAAAGAAAUCUGCAAGACUGGUAAGUCUUCAUCAGGCGGAAAGAAAUCGGCGGAUUUUUUUCUUUCUGGUGAAGAGGGACCUAUACCUGUUUGCCGUCGAAAUCGAUUCAGUUCUUGACUAAAUUAACGCCAAAAACAAGCUUCUUGCUUUGCUAAUUUUACACAUCUUAACAGUUGUAAAAUAUAUAUAUAUGAGUAAUAUAUGCAACUUAAAUUAGUAUAUCUUUUUGCUGUUUGAGUACAGUUUUAUACUAGUGAGAGUCAGGAACCUAGUUUUAUUAUUUGUUAUGAAAUAAAAUGUAAUACUGUAUAGAGACAUUACGUUUUUUUUUAAUGUGAGGAGAGAUGAAAAAUGAGCAAUGUCCUCGCCGGGACUCGAAUCAUGGACCUCUCGAAUACGCGCCGAGUGUGCUGAUCACUACACCACAAAGGCAUGCUAAGAAGGCGGGAGAAAUACCUUAUAACUGAAAUUGUAAUUUUACGCAUUCUUGAUUAUAAAUUUAGUAAUAUUUGGAAAAAAAAAAAAUCUAGUUUUGGCUUUCAUUGAACUUUACUCAUUUUAAAUCGUUAAAUGAAACAGUUCCAUAACUUAUAUAUAAAAAAAAUAUAUUUAAAUAACAACUUAUUUUUUAUUUAAACAUUAAUAAAAAAUCUUACAAACUGGGGAGAGGGAGCAAUAAGAAUGAUGUAUGUCUAGCAACAAGCUAGAUUUUUUUUAAGUUCCCCAAAUAGAAAGAAAGAAAAAAAAACCCGUUAAACUACAGGCUUGAAUUAUAAAUAAUUUUAUCAUGGUAAGGCAAUAUAUGAGUUUACCUUUCUGGGAGAUGAUCGCCUCAUGUAAGCAGGAAAGCCAGCUUAUGAAAAAAAUAUGCAGCCAGUCGAUUCCACUGCCGAGAAGCUGGAGUAAACUACCAGUGUUUUACAGAUUCUGCCGGCCGCCCCCAUUAGCCCAGCAAAAAAGCGAACAAAACGAAACAAAAACUACAUUUUGGAGCACAAUGCAUAAUUGUGCAAAGAUUUUCUUUUAAAUUUCUCAUUUAACUGGGAAUAAAAACUGGAGCUUCAUAAAAUAAACUGAAAAGCUACUUCACUUUAAUACAGGCAUUUGAAAAAAAAGUGUCCAAAGAUAUGAAACAAGUUCCUACAUACUUUUCUUCAAUUCUUGGUGGAAACAUUCCAGUAUUCUAUGUAAUAAACAGCAGUAAGUUGUUUCUGUUUUUUUUUUUUUUUUUUUUUUUUUUUUUUUGUUUAUGAAUCACAUGUCUGGUAACCAACUGCAUUUCAAGCAGGUUUGAGAACAUUUCAUUAUUGUAAUUAAAUAAUGUAAGAUAAUCUCCACCUUUAAAUGUAAUUAAAAGCAAUGUAGAUCGAAAAUCUAUUCCAAUAAUUCUACAAUAAAGUAAAUGUUAAACCUCCA